AUGUUUGCCAAGGCAGCUGCAUCGGCAACAGGUCCUUACCUUAAGGGAAUGUUAGCGUUGGAUUCUUUUGAUACGAGGUUUAUUCUGUAUGAAAAUGCAUUAAUAAGAUUGAGAGAUUUAAUACGUGUUUUGAAACAGUUAGAAAUUUCUGCAGCAAAGUCUACACCAAACAGGACGGUUACUCCCAUGAUGAACUAUGUACUAGCGUUAUGCCGUGGCCCUUUGUUUAACGUGUCACCAGUUUUAAAGAGACGGUUGGAAUUGCUAUUGGAGUUCAAGUUGGUUCGUCUAUCUGAGGUAAACCCUGUACCUAACACGGUUCCUGUUGAUUUAGAGCUGACAUGGCCGGAGAUUGAUACUGAUUUGAAAGAUUUUAAGAAUAAGGUUUACGACUGUCAUUUACAGUCAAAAAUUUUGAACUGUUUAUUGAAGGUUACACAGAACAGCAUCAAUAUUUAUAGUAAGAAAUACAAACAUAUAUUAAUGGAACGUAAUGCAACCAAACCUCCCGAGCCCAAUGAAAACCUAAUCGAACUAAACAUGGAAUCAAUUAAGGAGUUCAUGUAUCCGGUUGAAACUACCUUAGGAUUGGAAUUUGCUAUUUUAAUGACCAAUCCAGAGGUAGACACUAGUGAUCGGUCAUUUCAGAAGUUAACAAUCCAGGUAUUAGAAAAGUUUAAGGACUUUGUUGAUAGCAAAAUGUUUCCUGCGAUUAGAAAUUAUGCUCAAGAAUUGCAGCGUUUUACCAAAAUAAGAGUUGGCAAGUGUUCACAGACUUUAUCGAGCCUCACUUAUCCUGAGUUUACAUUACACCGGAUAUUCGCAAUGCUUUUAAGAAUCAAGUAUUUGUUGGACAUAUGCCAAGAAUUCAUAAGGCAGGCAUAUAUUCCAUUGAGAAGCUAUUUCUUUGAACCAAAAUCACAAUUGUUGACUAACAAUUUAUACGUCUUCCAGAAGUUAUUAAAGAAACUAGAUGGGCUGUCGUCUUCCAAAAUGGUAUUUUCGGCUGGUGUUAACGAGAGGCUCAGUGCUUAUUUUAGGCUAGGAUCUGUCUACCGGCCACAGGCUAGUCAGAUUGUAGAUUUAUAUAAGGAAGAUGUUCAAAACGCCAUGAGUAAUUUAACAGAGGCCUUUAGCAUAUUAGAUGGAUUUUGCAAAUCUUGGAAAUUUAUAUUUCUUAACAAUCAACAUAAAAUUAUAGAUGGGAUAGAUGACGAAAACGAAUUAUCAAAGAUGUUAGAGGAAAAGUUAACUGUUGAUAGAUUAGACUACCUUGAGCACGAAAAGAAAAAGGAGAAAACUCAAAGAGAGCAGAAGUCCGGUACUUCUAAUACACAGCAGGGCUUAAUAACGCGAAAGACGCCCCUAAAACUUUCUCGCAGUGGCUCUAACCAUAUACUGUUAUCGAACCAAUCUCCAAAUAUUAUGAACAGGGAUGCAUCUCAAAAGGCUGCAAAUUUAUUAGACCCUGAUUCUCUUUCAGCAUCGAGGACGGUCUCAAGUCGCAAACCUCCUAGUCCGACAAACGUCAAGUCAACGGUUUCGUCUCUGCCAGAUAAAAAGGUAGCUGCAUCUGAGAGCUUGAGGAAGAGGUCUCUAUCCUUACAGUUAGUUCCUACUCCUCCUGUCAACAGUCAAACAGACCAAAGGUCCAAUUCAUUACAAUCAGAUUCCAUAUUAAAUCAAAAAAUGUUGCAGAACUCGAUUAAGACUGCCAUGUCGAGGUACAAACAAAAGCCGCACUUGGCACAAAAUCCUUCCAUUAAGACCAAUAAAAUCGGUUUUUUGAGAAGAUCAAUGUCUCAAUCUCCCAUUCGGUCGCCUGUACAUUCUUUAAAACGCAAUGACUCAGAGAACGAAUCGCUCAGUAUUGCUGCAUUAUCAUUGGAUGAGGUAUCUAGAACUAAAUCACCAAAUGGCACCUCAAAUAGGACCCCUAGUCAUCUGAACCUUGAUAGAUUUUCACGUGAGGAUCGCUGCACCAAAAAAGAUAAAAACAAUUUUGCAUCAGAAGAAGCGGUUUAUUAUCCACUCCCACCAGUAAGCGACAGAACAAGAGAAGGGGAACCGUUUAAAAAGGUUAGAUUCACAGGAGUUCCCCCUCCAAAUCCUGCAGAAGAUCCUAAGCCAAAAAGGAGGGGGUGGUAUAAAAAGCCUGCUGUUUUACACUAUCCAACACCACCUACUCAUUCAAUGCAGAAAAAUAAAUUCAAACAGGAAGGCUUCGUAUUUCGUACCAGUCUUAGAGAACAAGAGCAUGAACAAACUGGUAGACGUCUUUCUUCAUUUAUGGAUCAUGCCAAGGAGCCUAACACAUCUAAUGGUCUUAAAUUUGCAUCGAAGAUAAGAGAUAAAUUAAUCAGGUAA